AUGUCUCCAUCCGCAGAAUCAGCUCUCUUCAAGCCCUUGAAGGUCGGCAACUUGGAUUUACAGCACCGCGUUGUGCUUGCGCCUAUGACACGCUUCCGCGCCAGCGACGACCACGUCAAUCCCGACCUCACAACCGAAUAUUACGCCCAACGUGCUAGUACACCUGGUACACUUCUCAUCACCGAAGCAACUGUCAUCGCCCCACAGGCUGGUGGCAUGCCUAAAGUUCCUGGGAUCUGGAAUGAGCAACAGAUUGCUGCUUGGAAGAAGGUCGCGGACGCCGUCCACACCCAACAAUCCUUCGUAUUUCUUCAACUGUGGUCUAUGGGUCGCCCUGCCAACGUCGCCGCCCUGCAGAAGGAGGGAUCAUACGAAGUCGUUGGCCCAAGCGCGAUUCCCAUCAGUGAUAGUCACCCGGUGCCGCGCCCUCUCACUGUCGACGAGAUCAAAGACUACGUGAACCUCUACACCCAGGCGGCCAAGAACGCCAUCAAUGCAGGCUUCGACGGAGUCGAGAUUCAAUGCGCCAACGGUUAUUUGCUGGACCAGUUCCUACAGACCAACUCGAACGCUCGCACGGACGAGUACGGCGGCAGCAUCGAGAAUCGCCUGCGGUUUCUGUCUGAAAUCCUUAAGUCCGUUACCGAUGCAAUCGGUCUCGAGCGUACCGGUAUCCGCAUCUCACCCUGGUCAUCGUUCUGGGGAAUGCGCAUGCCCGACCCUGUACCGACUUUCAGCGCGCUCGCGCAGCACCUCGUUGAACACUAUCCUCACCUCGCGUACCUUCACGUCAUCGAACCGAGGGUGCUCGGCUCCGAAGACAUCCCUGUGAGCGACGAAAGUAACGACUUUAUACGCAAGAUAUGGGCGCCGCGCCCGAUCAUUCUCGCGGGUGGCUUCAAUCGUGAGCUGGCGGUAAACGCGGCGGAUAGUAGUGGCGAAACCGUGCUUGUUGCGAUGGGACGCUACUUCACUUCCAACCCUGACUUACCCCAGAGAUGGUUGAAGAAAGUCCCUCUGACACCCUAUGAGAGGGCCACGUUUGCCUCGUCAGGACCACAAGUUUACACUUAG